AUGACUACAAACCCCAGAAGAGGCACCGAUCCCGUGCCAAUGGAAGAAAGUGAUCAACUGACUAUAAGACCAUUGGGAGCUGGUCAAGAAGUGGGCAGAUCCUGCAUCAUGUUAGAGUUUAAAGGAAAGAAAAUAAUGUUAGAUUGUGGUAUUCACCCGGGCCUGUCUGGGAUGGAUGCUUUGCCCUUUGUGGAUCUCAUAGAAGCUGAUGAAGUGGACCUCUUGUUGAUAUCACAUUUCCACCUGGACCACAGCGGCGCGCUGCCCUGGUUCCUCACUAAGACGUCGUUCAAGGGCCGCGUGUUCAUGACGCACGCCACCAAGGCCAUCUACCGCUGGCUCGUCUCCGAUUAUAUUAAAGUCAGCAACAUAUCUACGGAGCAGAUGUUGUACACGGAGUCUGACCUGGAAGGCUCCAUGGACCGUAUAGAGACGAUCAACUUCCACGAAGAGAAGGACGUGCGGGGGGUCCGGUUUUGGGCGUAUAACGCGGGCCACGUACUAGGGGCUGCUAUGUUCAUGAUAGAGAUCGCAGGGGUCAAGGUGUUGUACACGGGAGACUUCUCCCGCCAGGAGGACAGACACCUGAUGGCCGCGGAGAUCCCCACCGUACACCCCGACGUACUCAUAACGGAGUCCACGUACGGUACUCACAUCCACGAGAAGAGAGAGGAGCGAGAGAGCCGCUUCACGUCGUUGGUGAGUGACGUGGUGGGGCGAGGAGGACGGUGCCUCAUACCGGUGUUCGCGCUGGGGAGAGCGCAGGAACUGCUGCUCAUACUGGACGAGUACUGGUCUCUCCACCCGGAGCUACAAGACAUCCCUAUCUACUACGCGUCGUCUCUGGCCAAGAAGUGUAUGGCUGUGUAUCAGACGUACGUGAACGCUAUGAACGACCGAAUACGGAGACAAAUAGCAGUCAACAACCCCUUCGUCUUCAGGCACAUAUCUAACUUAAAGGUAAGUAUAGUGCAUUUGAUUUAG